GACCCGCGGGCCGGAAGCGCUCGCUGUCACAAAGGGGCCGCACGUGGGUCCCGACGGCUCGGGCGGCGGGCCCAGGAGCCAGGGUCGCCCGGAGAGCUGCCCACCGUCCCGGCCGCCCGACUCCUCGGUCCCGGCCGCCAGGCCGGUCCAGCUUCGGCCGGCGCCGGCUCCGUCCGCCCCCCCCACCCCCCAGUCUUUGCCGCCAGGCUCGGACCCUGCAGAGCCAUGUCCAUCCUCUACGUCUCCCCGCACCCCGAUGCCUUCCCCAGCCUCCGAGCCCUCAUCGCCGCGCGCUACGGGGAGGCUGGGGAGGGCCCGGGCUGGGGAGGGGCCCACCCGCGCAUCUGUCUUCAGCCGCCUCCGGCGAGCAGGACCCCCUUCCCCCCACCCCGCCUGCCCGCCCUGGAGCAGGGGCCCGGUGGGCUCUGGGUGUGGGGGGCCCCUGCCGUGGCCCAGCUGCUGUGGCCCGCAGGCCUGGGGGGCCCUGGGGGCAGCCGGGCCGCCGUCCUCGUCCAACAGUGGGUCAGCUACGCCGACACGGAGCUAGUACCAGCUGCCUGUGGGGCAACGCUGCCCGCCCUGGGACUGCGCGGCUCCGUCCAGGACCCCCAGGCUGCACUGGGGGCUCUGGGAAGGGCCCUGAGCCCCUUGGAAGAGUGGCUUCGGCAGCACACCUACCUGGCCGGGGAGGCUCCCACUUUGGCUGACCUGGCGGCUGUUACAGCCUUGCUGCUGCCCUUCCGAUAUGUCCUGGAUCCCUGUGUGCGCCGGAUCUGGGGUAAUGUCACUCGCUGGUUCAUCACCUGUGUCCAGCAGCCAGAAUUCCGGGCCGUGCUGGGAGAGGUGGUUCUGUAUUCAGGGGCCAGGCCUCUCUUCCAACAGCCGGGCCCUGAGGUCACUGCACCUCCAAAGACACCUGCUCAACUGAAGAAAGAGGCAAAGAAACGGGAGAAGCUAGAGAAAUUCCAACAGAAGCAGAAGAUCCAACAGCAGCAACCACUGCCCAGGGAGCAGAAGAAGCCAAAACCAGAGAAGAGGGAGAAGCGGGAUCCUGGAGUUAUUACCUAUGAUCUCCCAACCCCACCUGGGGAAAAGAAAGAUAUCAGUGGCACUAUGCCCGACUCCUACAGCCCUCAGUACGUGGAGGCAGCCUGGUACCCAUGGUGGGAGCAGCAGGGCUUCUUUAAGCCAGAGUAUGGACGUUCCAGCGUGUCAGCACCUAACCCACGGGGCGUCUUCAUGAUGUGCAUCCCACCCCCAAACGUGACAGGCUCCCUGCACCUGGGCCACGCGCUCACCAACGCCAUCCAGGAUUCCCUGACCCGAUGGCACCGCAUGCGCGGGGAGACCACCCUGUGGAACCCCGGCUGUGACCACGCAGGCAUUGCCACGCAGGUGGUCGUGGAGAAGAAGCUCUGGCGCGAGCAGGGGCUGACCCGCCACCAGCUGGGCCGCGAGGCCUUUCUGCGGGAGGUCUGGAAGUGGAAGGAGGAGAAAGGGGACCGGAUUUACCAUCAGCUGCGGAAGCUCGGCAGCUCCUUGGAUUGGGAUCGAGCCUGUUUCACCAUGGACCCCAAACUGUCCGUGGCUGUGACAGAGGCCUUUGUCCGGCUCCACGAGGAAGGCAUCAUCUACCGCAGUACCCGCCUCGUCAACUGGUCCUGCACCCUCAACUCUGCCAUCUCCGACAUCGAGGUGGACAAGAAGGAGCUGACGGGUCGCACCCUGCUCUCCGUGCCUGGCUACAAGGAGAAGGUGGAGUUUGGGGUCCUCAUCUCCUUUGCUUACAAGGUCCAAGGCUCAGAGAGCGAUGAGGAGGUGGUGGUGGCGACAACUCGGAUCGAGACAAUGCUGGGAGAUGUGGCCGUAGCUGUGCACCCCAAAGAUCCCAGAUACCAGCACCUGAAGGGGAGGAGCGUGGUCCACCCGUUCCUGUCUCGCAGCCUCCCCGUGGUCUUCGAUGAUUUCGUGGACAUGGAGUUCGGCACAGGUGCGGUGAAGAUCACCCCUGCACAUGACCAGAACGACUACGAGGUCGGGCGGAGGCACGGGCUGGAGGCCAUCAGCAUCAUGGACUCCCGGGGGGCCCUGGUCAAUGUGCCCCCCCCUUUCCUGGGCCUGCCCAGGUUUGAGGCCCGGAAGGCGGUGCUGGCGGCGUUGAAGGAGCGGGGCCUGUUCCGUGGCAUCCAGGACAACCCCAUGGUGGUGCCGCUUUGCAACCGGUCCAAGGACGUGGUGGAGCCCCUGCUGCGGCCGCAGUGGUACGUGCGCUGCGGGGAGAUGGCCCGGGCGGCCAGUGCAGCCGUGGCUCGGGGCGACCUCCGCAUCCUGCCUGAGGCCCACCAGCGGACAUGGCACGCCUGGAUGGACAAUAUCCGGGACUGGUGCAUCUCCCGGCAGCUGUGGUGGGGCCAUCGCAUCCCAGCCUACUUCGUCACUGUCCGCGACCCAGCCGUUCCCCCCGGGGAGGAUCCCGACGGGCGGUACUGGGUGAGUGGGCGCAGCGAGGCCGAGGCCCGUGAGAAGGCAGCCAAGGAGUUUGGAGUGUCCCCUGACAAGAUCAGCCUCCAGCAAGAUGAGGACGUAUUGGAUACCUGGUUUUCCUCUGGCCUCUUCCCCUUCUCCAUCUUGGGCUGGCCCAACCAGUCAGAGGACCUGAGUGUGUUCUACCCGGGGACCCUGCUGGAGACGGGCCACGACAUCCUCUUCUUCUGGGUGGCCAGGAUGGUCAUGCUGGGCCUGCAGCUCACCGGCAGGCUGCCCUUCCGAGAGGUCUACCUGCACGCCAUCGUGCGCGAUGCCCAUGGCCGGAAGAUGAGCAAGUCUCUGGGCAAUGUCAUCGACCCCCUGGAUGUCAUCCACGGAGUCUCCCUGCAGGGCCUCCACGACCAGUUGCUGAACAGCAACCUGGAUCCCAGUGAGGUGGAGAGGGCUAAAGAAGGGCAGAAGGCAGACUUCCCGGCAGGGAUUCCUGAGUGCGGCACCGAUGCCCUCCGGUUUGGACUGUGCGCCUACACAUCCCAGGGGCGUGACAUCAACCUGGACGUGAACCGGAUCCUGGGCUACCGCCACUUCUGCAACAAGCUCUGGAACGCCACCAAGUUUGCCCUUCGUGGCCUGGGCAAGGGUUUCGUGCCCUCGGCCACCUCCGAGCCGGGAGCCCACGAGAGCCUGGUGGACCCUGGAGCUUGA